AUGGCUAUAGCUGUGCUGAGUGAGUUUGUGCUGUGCUUUGCACCUACAAAAGGCAUCUUGUUGUACCACUGUGUUCGUUUAGCCACCGGAGGCAGCAAUGGCUCUGAACGCAAUUUCACUGUUACGACAGAGACCUAUGACACAACAGAAAAUGAUUCCUUUUUGGAUGGAGUGUUGUAUGGAGAUUAUUCUGGAGACUAUUUUGAAGAAUAUCCUGGAGCAUAUUUCAGAAACUAUUCUGAAACCUUAUCCAUAAACUAUUCCAUACCAGAGCCUCCAGAUUCAAUCAUUGCUCGCAUUUUCAAAGUCAUUGAAGAAAUUAUUCAGUUUAGACAGCCACGUAACAGCACUGAUUUGGAUGCAGUGAAUUGCAACAAGACUUCACAGGAUGCAUAUAAUAUCACAGCAGACACUGUUCUCUUCCUCAGAGGCCUGCUGGUCACACGCCUCAUGCCCUCAUUUUACAUCAUCAUCAUCCUCAUUAGUUUUCCCCUGAAUGCUUUGGCCCUAGUGACGUUCACCUGUAAGAUUCGAGAGAAGAAACCAGCUGUGAUCUACAUGUCUCACCUGGCAUGUGUGGACAUGCUCUUUACCCUGCUGCUGCCUCUGAAGAUCCACUACCAGCUGAAUGCUUCAGAUUGGGUGUUCGGUGAGGCGGCGUGUCGUGUGCUCAGUGCAGCUUACUACUGCUACAUGUACUGCUCCAUACUGCUGAUGAUGAGCAUGAGUGUGGACAGGCUGCUGGCCGUGGUGUUUCCCAUCGCCUCUCUGACCUGGAGGAGCGCAAGGAAAGCUACAUGUAAGUGUGUGCUGGUCUGGCUGCUGGCGCUCGCUGGUACAGUGCCACUUCUCUCCAUAACACAAACAUUCAAGAUAAAGGAUGUGGGCAUCACCUGCCAUGAUGUGCUGUAUCACACACAGGUGUAUGCAUAUCUGUUCUCCAUCCUCUCCUGCCUCUACUUCUUCUUGCCUCUGGUCAUCACCUUAGUGAGUUACUCUACCAUAAUAUAUGUGCUCACUACCAAGAAUGAUCACUUGGCAACAUCAUACCCAGACAAGCGAAGGAGAGCUGUGAUUAUGGCUAUCGGUGUGCUGAGUGAGUUUGUAAUGUGCUUUGCACCAACAAAUGGCAUCUUGUUGUACCACUGUGUUCGUUUAGCCACUGGAAGCAGCAGUGAGGAGGGGAAAUACUACCUUGACAUCAGUGGCUCAACUUCAGCCCUCUGGAUCCUCAGUGUCACCCUGGCUCUGCGGCUGCUUGUCUCCAACCUGGGCUCCUACUCCACCGGCGUCAUCGCCGUCAGUCGGCCCCCUGGUGUCGCCUGGCCGAACUCCACCAUGGCUCCUCCCUCCGGUGACUCCACCGUGGCCCGCUUUCCUGACUGGACUCUGGUUCCCCACCUGACUCCUCCUGCUCCGGGUUUCUCCCUGGCUCCUUCUCAAUCUACUCCACCCUGGCCCAAUGAACUGUGCCCCUUUUCCAUUGCCUGCCCCACGCCCGCCUCCUGA